UCACACGAAAUAAGUUUGCUCUUCCCUUACUCCUUCCAGAAACACUGUCCAGGAAGAAUUCACUCUUACUGGUCCGUUGUAAUCAUUCUGGAAUGUUGGCGUGCUUAGCUAAAGCAAAGAAGCCCAGACUUUGGGUCUCUGUCUGUGGGUGGCUUCAAAUGGCUAUUGCUAAUGCAGAGAAAAUGCAAGUGAACGUCCAGACAGCAGACGAGGAGCUCGUGGGCAGACAUACACGUCACGUGAGGAUCUGUCUGCUGUCUUGCUAAGUCAACCGUCUUGUCUGGAAGCAGGUUGGAGAACCGUCACCAUCGCUGAAAUUCCUGGUUUAUCUGUUUUGACCAGCCCCUGAGCCCGUAUCCCAUUGGUUAUUCCAUUUGUCAAAUAGUUUUUGGAAUGCAUCCUGGAAUACCGAACGGGAGCACUGUUUGGACGGACGACCUCAGUUUGUAAAGAAAAAAAGCAGUAAAAUAGUUGUAUGAAAUCAGUAAUGUUGGUGUUAGAAAAUUACUAAACACGUGUUCUGACACGCAUAGCUAUCAGGAUCUCAAAGGAGCUGUAGAAUUAUUUCCAUGUUAUCAUGCAAGAACGGACAUGUGAACAGUGGAAACAUCUGUGGUGUGAAGAGUUUGAAAAUGCAAAAGUUAAUUUGCCGUUUCGAUGUCCAAGAUGUGGGGAGCAUAUGCGUUUCCGAAGCCUCUCUUCAUUAAGGGCCCAUUUAGAGUAUAGUCAUACCUAUGAAGAUGUCGGCUGUGGUUCAAAACGUAAACCACUGAUAUGCACAAUGCUUGAUUCAAGCAGGACAGAGCAGCCAUUAUUGCAAAAGGAACCUGUUGCCACGUACUUUGCCGAAGAACCAAAACACUCAUCAGCCGGUGCAUAUGAUUUACUCUAUAAAAGAAGAACCAGUGAAAAUGUAGAGGGAUGGAUUCACAAGCCUUUUUCUCAUACAGAACAUCAGUCAAAGAACUUCCAAACUGGUGAAAAUGAUGAUCUGCAGCUUCCUAAAUUGAAAUCCAGUUUUCAGUCUGAUUUUAGUAACAAGUUUAAUGGGAUUUCUAAAGGUGUGGACAGAAGUAUUAAGGCAACGAUUGACCAGCUUACUAAGGAACUAGCUCAAAAAUCUGCUGAAUUAAUAGAUGUCAAAAUGGCUUACAUGCAAUUAAUUCAGAAGAAGCAAGACGUGCAUGUAAGAGAGAGGAACCUUAGCAGGCAGAUUGAUAUUGCAGUAGAGAUGAUUGCAGUUCUCAGACAGAAGAUUACCAACUCUGAGCAGGAACUGAACAGUAAGGAAAUUAUUUGGGAAGAGCAUACCAAAAUUUACCAGUUUUGUGACUUCAGUAUGAGAGAAAUUAUCAAUAUUAACAACCUACUGGGAUUAGCAGCUGAAAAGGAGUGCAGAGGAAAAGCCAGACUGCAGCACUUUAUUGAAAGCCUACUUCAACGGAUCAAUGUGGCUGAAAAACAACUGGAGCAGCAUUAUAGAACUUCAAAGCUGGGUAACUACACUAAAAAUAAACACACGGGCAAAUGCACAUCUGAGAUGCCAGCAGCAAAGGUUUUAACUUGUGAACAACUUGCAGCAAGAAGUGCAAAACACUGCAAGGCACAGAGUUGUCAACAUGCAGGCAGCUUUCCUAUGGGUAAAAAGGCAAGCAAGACCAGACAUAUUUGAUAAUGGCCUCAUAGAAGCUACUGGCUGUGACACAGGAAACCUAAAGAAUUGGAAUAUAUGAUUGGAACAAACAACUAAGAAUUUCCGGGCUUUAGUAGCAGUUACAAAAUUUAAAAGCAUUACUGGACUAUUUUCAUGACAAUUUCCAAAGAGCAUUUUGGAGUAGAAUUCUAUCAGUGUUUAAAAAAAGCUUAAAAUUUGCAGGAUGACACAAAAUCCGAUGCCAUUUUUAGAAAUAUAUACAAGUUUAAAUAAUUAAUUUAGAUGGAGUCAAAAGAGGAACAUAAAAAUUGCUUAAAAUGAAAUAUGCAAUAUAAAUUUUGCUAGCUGCUUCAAAACAUUUGUUAAAGAGAAACUCUGAAAAUUAAUGGCAAAUCCUGAA